UGCACUGCCACUUCAUUUUUGUGAUCUGUACGACGUUAAGUUUCAGUAAAAAAGAAAGUAAUCUCUUUCAGGUUACCAAAGGAAAGCAGACGAAUCUCACGUCUCAUUCCAAGGUCAUUAUGAGCAGCACCAUCACAUCCAGCUUGAAAAAAUGGCAGAAGAAGAAGCUCUGCUCGUUGUUCAACAAUGCCAACUUCAGCCUGCUGUUUAAAGCCAGUGUGCAUGGCUACCAUAGCACUACAUUUCACCAAAAGUGUAAUUAUCAGGGGCCGACUGUUAUUGUAGCUUACAAUAAGUCUGGAUAUGUUUUUGGAGCUUUUAUUAGCAAAAAUUAUGGUCAAACAAACCAAAAUGUUGUGGAUGACAAAGCUUUUCUCUUCAGCUUUAAUGACAAAGAGAUUAAAGAAGAUCCUCUCCGUGUGUUCAGUGGAAAUCCCCAGUAUGCUUUCACUGACAGUGGUCCAAACUUUAGUUCUUUAGUGUUUCUUUACAAUAACACAGCCAAUGUCUACAGUAAUCCAGCAUCUCCAUACAAUUUCGAUCCACAGAGGAUGCAUGGGAAUGACUUACAGCUGACAGAAUGCGAGGUGUACAGAGUUGAAGACUGUGGAGGACUCUUGGAGAAACCAUGGAGAAAUGUGCAGUGGAACUCUGAGACAAAGGAGGCACUCCUAAGCACCAUCUCGGGCUGGAAGCCUUCUGUUAGCUCAGUUAAACAGGCCCGGAUUCUACUGGUUGGUCCUGUUGGAGCUGGGAAAUCAAGCUUCUUCAACUCUGUCAACUCUGUGUUCAAGGGUUAUGUGAGCAUCCAGGCCAACACCGGCACUGCUGGAACCAGUUUGACAACUCGGUUCCGUACCUACUACAUAAAGCCAGGCAGCGAUGUCAGCCAUGUUCCCUUCACUAUGUGUGACUCGAUGGGUCUGGAGGAGGGUUUGAACAGCGGCCUGGAUGUAGAGGAUUUUGCCAAUAUUUUGAAAGGUCACAUUCAAGACAAGUAUCAGUUUAACCCAUCGAUGCCUAUACAGCCAGACUCCCCUCAUUUCCGUAAAUCUCCUGGCUUGAAGGACAAGAUUCACUGUGUGGUGUAUGUGAUUGACACCAGCAAAGUCAAGCUUCUCUCAGACAAAAUGUUUGAAAAAUUUGCAGUUUUUCGAAAGAAAACCAACCAGCUGGGUGUUCCUCAGCUGGUUCUGCUGACUCAGGUGGAUGAGGCCUGUCCCUUAGUGGCGGAAGACCUGAAAAAUGUCUACCAGAGCCACUAUAUCAACAGAAUGGUGCAGGAGGUGAGCACUCGGCUUGGAGUCUCUCUGUCUGCUGUGAUCCCGGUGAAAAACUACUACCAAGAACUGGAAAUAGACCCUCAAACUGACAUACUGCUUCUGAACGCUGUUGUUCAGAUACUCAGAGCCGCUGAGGGCUAUUUUGAUGAUUUUUACAACCCAGAGGAGAAGUCUGAGUAAAGCUUUCUUUUCCCUUUCAGACCUAAAGGUUCUGGAUGUAUAUUUGUAUUAGCAAAUCAUAUCUUUCUGUUUAGAUAAUCACAUUUAUAUUUGUUACAGUCUGUGCUUUGGGUGCAUUUCUCUCAUUACUCCUUUCAUCUCUCUGAGUAUGUGUUUAGGCCCUUGUGCACAUGUGCUACUUAUUAUUUUUAAUGUAAGCGCAGAUGUGGCUGAUGGUAAAUUAAAUAUCUUGUUUCCAGUGUCAAAGGUCGCUGAAGCAAAGCGUAGCAGGGUGGAGGAAAUAUUCACCAGCCAUUACCCCACAAACAAGCUUUGCUCCUUUUUAACUAAUUUUUGUUGAUUAAUCGUUAACAUUAGCUGCCCUUUUAUGCUGGAGUUUUCAAGUAUUGUUAAUUGUUUGUGGUUUGUGUUUUUGGUUCAUUUUCUUUCAAGCCAUUCAGAUUCAUUCUUUAUAGGAAAUUUGUUUUCACAGACUGUACCAGGAGCAACAUUCAACACACACAAUAUGCACAUACUACACAGAAUACACGUAAUUGUACACAUAAAUAGACAUAUUGCAAAAAAAAAAAAAAAUUUUGUUUUGCACAUUAAUCUGACAAUAAAUGCGGCACACCCAGUUUUUCUGAUGCACACCCAGCGUCUCUUUUCUGGCUACUAUAUUGUAAAUAUUGGGUUUCCUGUGUUUUUUUUUUUUUUUUAUGUGUAUAAUGUAUUUUAAGUUACUGCCUAAGUAAAGUGUUUAAAAUCA